ACAAGCUGAGUUUCGUCUCUCUAUCGUCAACGGCGCUGGAAUAGAAAUCCUUCAAAUCUUGCAACGCUGCGUACGAACGUACAGCGAGUACUGCCUGUGACGUAAUAUUGUAAUUCGUGAAAAAAGGGGUUGUUUUUAAUUAAUAUCGUUUUAACACCUCUGAUCAAAAUGACAGAAUCUGACACUGGCGGUGUAAAACCAAUAUCUAUUGAAGGCCGCAUUGCCAGAGAAAGAGAACGUCUACUUGGUAUGACAGAUGACGAACGAGCAUGGAGAGCAAAAUUCCUCAAAAGUCAGCACAUUGCACAUGGGGAACCAGUAAUGACACCUGAGAUGUACAAGCAAUAUUAUAAUCCGAUUAGAAGAUUUUAUAGAGCACCUCUUAAUGUUUUCGAGAAAGCUAUAACUCCACUUGUGGGUAAGGAUUGUGCAUUUAUUAUGCGACGUGUAAUAGGAAAAUUUACAAUGGGUACUAUUGCACUUUAUGUUAUAUAUUAUCACCUAAAGUAUAACCAUGCGACAUGGGAACGUUUAUCUGGUUGGACAAUAAUAAAGACACGUCCAGCUAACUUACCAAGUGAUCCAGGCUAUCCAAAAAAUGUUGGCAUUAAAAAUCCAAAUCAAUAUGCAAGCAAAAAUUUCGAAAAUUCACCUAUAUGAAUGUAGUGUACAUUGUAUUUAGAAAGCUCAUAAAUAUACCUCUGUUGUUAAUACAACUGCUCCUAAAAAUUGUAAAAACCUGAUCUUGAUAAGAAAUCAAUGUAUACUUGUAGUAUUAAAAAAAUAUUUAAGUAGAAACAAAUAACAGUA